AAAUCCUACAUCAAUUCAAUAUAUGGAUCACUUUAUGUCUAAAACCAUGCAUCACAUAUUCAGUACGUUCCAAUUAAUAAAAUUAUUUAUCUAUAAUAUUAAUUUGAAGAAUUGUUAAUGACCCUCCUUGUAAAAAAGAAAAAAGAAAAUAUCCAUUAGAUUAAAUAGAAGAUUGAUUUUAAGUUUAAAAAUUAUUCAUCACAUACCGCCCCAUACCGUGUUACCCAAUUCCGGUCAAUGCGAUAGCCAAUUUGCAUUCGUCUUCGAUCACGGCAUAAAUCAUCAUUCCCUAUAAAAACAGAGCGCAGAUUCAUCCAAAACUACAACUUCUCUUCUUCAUCACGCUCCGAUUCUCGGUAACGAAGACCCAAAUGGAAGCCACGAUCCACGAGCAAGAUAUUUUGAUAGUCGGAGGCGGCAUAGCUGGCCUCACCACAGCUCUCGGACUUCACAGGUUGGGGAUUCGGAGCUUGGUUUUGGAAGCGUCGGAUGGAUUGAGAACCACGGGGUUCGCCCUAACCAUGUGGACGAACGCGUGGAUAGCUCUAGAUGCAGUCGGAAUCGGCGACGCCAUGAGAGCCGAUUCUCUCCCGAUUCAAGGUUUCGAAGUCGGUAGCUUGGAUUCCACCUCUUCUAGUCCAGAGCAGGGCGUUGAGACAGAUUUCAAGCUAGGCAAGUUUGAGAGCAGAUGUGUGAGAAGGACAGACUUACUAGAGCUUCUAGAGAGAGAAUUGCCACAAGGGAGUGUGAGAUACUCUUCCAAGAUUGUUUGCAUUGAGGAAUCUGGUAACUUCAAAUUAGUGCAUCUUUCAGAUGGCUCUAUUUUCAGAACUAAGGUGUUGCUGGGAUGUGAUGGAGUGAACUCAAUGGUGGCGCAAUGGCUGGGGCUCAAGAGUCCGGUCAGCGCUGCGCGGGCAGCCAUCAGAGGCUAUGUGGUGUAUCCAGACGGCCACGGCUUCGAGCCCAAGUUGUAUGCCUACUUUGGUGGAGGUGUGCGCAUCGGCUUUGUACCUUGUGAUGGCAAGGGCAUAUACUGGUUCUGCACUUUCACUCCAUCACUUUUCAAAUAUGAUGAGAGCGAGCGUGAUCCCUCAAAAAUGAAGCAGUUUGUGAUCAGCAAAAUCGGCAGGGCUCGUAAACAUGUGAUGGAUGUGGUGGAGAGGACCGAGCUAGCCAACAUCUCGUCCGCGCAUCUGAAGUUUAGGUCGCCGUGGAACAUUUUGUUCGGAGACAUUGUGAGGAACGGAGUGUGUGUGGCCGGGGACGCCCUGCAUCCGAUGACCCCGGAUCUAGGUCAAGGUGGGUGCUCAGCUAUUGAGGACGCAGUGGUUCUUGCAAGGUGCCUGGGCGGAGCUCUGUCGGAGGAGGGAGACGAGGAGGAUUGCGCGAAGAUGGCAAAGGGGUUGGAGAGGUAUGGGAAGGAGAGGAGGUGGAGAAGCUUUAGCCUUGUGAGCACAGCAUAUGUUGUUGGUAAGUUGCAAGAGAGUGAUAACAAAGUGGUGAGCUUCUUUAGGAAGAUGUUUUUGUCUAAGUUUACCGUUGAGCCCUUUGUGAGAAUGGCUGAUUUUGAUUGUGGGAAGUUGGUUGUUGCUUCUAAUUAGGUUUGGACCAUGUUGCCAACUUUUGUUUGGCAUUAUAUAUAUAAGGUUGUGUUAUAAUAAAACCUUAGCUCUUAUCUUCGUGA